UCGAAGACAGGAGUCUGUUUGGUUAUUCCCAGUGAGCAUCUAAAGAGGGAGAAAAACGUGAGUUAGGGAACAUAAAGGCCAGAAUGGCGGACAUACGGCCGUGUAAGGUGUGUAACUUCACACGACAGAAGUCCUACGGGUUGGUUGUUCCCUCCCUGACGGAGCUGAAGAUAAGAGGGUCUGAGUUCCUCGGGCAUUCCAGUGACCAGGUCACAGUGGUCCUAGAGGAGGAUGGGACGAUAGUAGAGGAUCAGUCCUACUUUUUGUGUUUACCCCCAAACACAAAGUUUAUGCUGUUGCAUGAAAAAGAAUCAUGGUCUCCAGUUCGCAAGAUGGAUGGUGGCACGGCCUGGAUGGCCAGGGAGUCUGUGAUUCUGGAGAAUGAUGCUGUGGAUGCCCUCGGCCUUGUAGCGCCCUGGUGGGGCCUGGCUCAGCAGCUGAAGCAGGACCUGGCCAGCAUCAUCCUGAUGUCUGAGGACGACUUACAGACUUUAGUAGAUGCCCCAUGCGCUGAGCUAGCUUCUGCUCUGGGUUUCCAAGAGAAGAAGGCUGUGGACCUACAGGAGACCCUGCAGAGGGUUUUGGACCGAAGGGAGGAGGAGAGACAGUCCAAGGAGUUGCUCCAGCUGUACCUCAAAGCUGCGGACAAAGAGGACAAGCAGCAGGAAGAGCCGAGUCAGCCCAGCCAGGGAGGGGCUGCAGAGGUGGAUAUGCCAGACGGAAUGGAAGUUGACUCCGCAUCUGGAUUCAUGUCCAGGACUCUGAUGGUCUUGAAAGGCAAAACCAGCCCAGAGACCAGGCUCUCCACUGAAGACCUGCAGAUGGUAUCGAGCAGAGGGGUUGAAGCUAUGCAGCAGGUGCUGGGCUGGGACUCAUCCAGGACGGCAGACCUGCUGCAGGCCUGCAAGGCCGAGCUGGCCACACGUCUUCAGCAUAUCCAGGCCGUGCAGUCCGUCAGGAGCAGCACACAGCUGGACAGCAGCCGGCAGGCCGGUGGGAAGAACACGGAGGGCAAAUAAACGGCAGCCAGAGGAAGGGACUAGGCCAACUUCACCUGAGCAGAGACUGAUAAGAAUUCACACUACCUGCCUCAGGGUCAGCAGAAUGGGAUUUGUCCUGUGGUACAGAUAAUAUACAUAAUUUUGGAAUCUAUGAAUGCUAAUAAUGUUGAUGUUUGCAUCAUUUUGUAAAGCUUGCAAACCACCUAAGCGCUUUUGCCGCAAGAGGUUUUAACCACUAGUAGCAGCUUUCUAUUGGCUCCUUAAUUUGUGCCAGACUGUAAAAAUAAACAUAUAUGAAUAUAAACAUAUAUAUGUAAAAAAAAAAUCUGUUCAAUAUGGAGCUGAAAGGAUCAGGCCGUUUCAGCAGCCUGGUUCUGUUCAUGUUAGAUUUAGACCUGCCAGCACCUAUUCAGAUCACAAGUUCACAUAUCACCUCUGUUCGGAUCAAUGUCCGAGCAUGUAAGUGAUUUUUCAUUGGGGACUGGGAAUAUAAGAUAUCAUUCUCCCAAUUCAGUGGACUAUCAGAUGGAUUUUGGAGCUGCUAUUUUGAGGUACUAGUAGUAUUGCUUCUAAGUUUUUAUAAAAACUUUUAUUGUUGAAUCAGUUCCCAAGUAUUAUUGUUUACAAUGUGUUCCUCAUUAUGAUUGCCAAUUAAGACAGAAAUUAUGCACUGCUUUUUUUUUAUGCACACUUUUAAGUUGAAAAUAAGAAAGAAAUUGAUUUUCAGCUAGCCAAAGAAACCCUGUUGAUCUCUGGUUCAAUUCAAAAGUGCCAUUGAAGAAUGGACAUUUACAUUUUGAAUUCAGGGGAUCUUUGGUGACGGCUGAUCCUGUACUGUAUAACACUCCCUUCCCAGUGUUCCGUGCAAAAAGAGACAUGUUAGGACCCCACUAGAGGUCUUUAUCAAAAGUUUACUUUUAUUACAAUCACUUAUAAAGUUUACAAAGAGACUCACAAUGUCAAGAAGUUGAUAAAUCGUUGUGAAAAAAAGACGAAUGUUAAUAGAACUGAAUUUGGUAUUUUCCUUUUCACCUUUCACCACACUCUUCAUGUGUGGGCUACUUUUUAGAGUCCGACAGAUAGUGAUUUUUGGAGGCUAAUGCAGAUACAAAUAUUAGGGAGUGAAAGAUUUCUGAUACCAAUACAUUGGCCGAUGUAAUUUGUGUGAUUUUCUAAGAUGUCGUUAUGAGACCUUUGUUACAAAAAACUAUAGGCUUGAUAUUUUACAGUCAACUUUAUUAUAAACAUCCAUGAAUAAAAACAAAACAAAUACAACAAAGCAUGAUUUGAAUUAUAAGGGUUUCACCUUUUUUUCCUUUUCUUUUCAGAAAUUGCAAACAUAAAUCCACUUAAUUUAUUCUGUAAGAUUAAGGUUUUCACAUCUUUGUAUAUCUGCAAACAAACGUGGAUGCCAAUAAGUCUGUGAAAGUUUCAUAUCGGAUCAUUAUUAGCCAAGAAAAUCGGUGGGACUCUUUCAAUAGGUGUGAAAUAUCAUAAUUUACUGACCUGUAACUAUAAGUAAAUUCAGUAACUUGCACUACUUUAGAGCAUGGAGUGCAGAUAGAACCCGUGGCCUUGAUCCUUCUUAGUGAAACCUUUUCAUGAUAUAUAUGCAAAUACUAAAAUCGAGUAGACAUAAUCAUAUAAAAAACUCUGCGUCAAUAAAUACAUCUAUUUGAAUGGAUCACACAGGCUAAUUCCUGAUUCCACCAGUAACGUGUGACACAAGACGAGAUGUAUGACACACAAAUGCAAGCCUCACCGAAUCCAUUAUGGCUGACAUUUUGAAUGACAAAGCUUCAUCUUUGAAUUAUUGAGAACCUGGAUUUCUGGAUGAGCACCCUUUAACACCAUCAAUUAAAUACUAUUAGGAAGCUAUGUAUCAGUCCAGUGGCCACGUGAUAUGCAUCGGUGUGAUUGAUGUGUGCAGGUCCGCGUGACUCAUAGGUCAUGGAGAAGAUGGCUUUUGUCGUGCCUGUCAUCUCUUCAUCUGUCUCUCGAACAUAGAACACAAAUGAUGGUGGUCACACUACUUAAAGCUUCUAAGAACUUCCUCGUGCCAGUUCUCCAGCACAUUCACAUGUAUUUAAUUGAAACAUGUGUGCCAGGUGUUAGAAUGGGAACUUGUAUAUGAUUGUAAAGUAUAAGGUACCUUUGAUACACAUGUUGAAUGGUGGUUGGAGGAUUUUCUAAAUAAACUCAAACUUUUGACAGUG